UGCGCCAGAAACACACGAGCGCUUCAAAACAAGAUGACUUGAGUUCCAGCCUCGCAGAUAAGCCGAAUGAAGCGCGCGAUGACCGUUCCAUGGAGUUUGCUGUGGAUUCUGGGUUUGAUCUGCUCCUCGGACUCCAGCUGCUCUCCGACAUCUUACUAUAAGAGCUGCUGGAUCCGCAGAUUUCCAGGACUGUAUGUGGACAUAGAGGAAUCUCAGCGCAGAGGAGCUCACAUCCUGAAGGUUUAUCAGGAGGAGUCUGCGCUGAAAUGCAGCAGAGCCUGCUGCCUUACACCAAACUUCUCCUGCAACCUGGCUGUGUUUCAUUUCAACACCACUCAGGACAGUGUGAACUGCUUUCAUCUGCAAUGUCCGUCCGCUGAGAGCUGCAUUCCUCACCACAGAGGAAAUGUCAUCGUCUAUAAUGUCACUAAAGGUGUGGAUCCUGACCUGUUGGUGUUCGGGAAGUACUUCACCACCAACGUGCGUGUUCUUCCUCAUAUGUCAUCCUCGCGGCUCAAUGUUUCAGAGCCGCUGACCUCUGACAAGCGUCAGUUCAACUAUCCACCCGUCCGCUCCAUCAGUCCUGCCUCCACUAGUACAAAAAAACCCACAACCCCCCAACAAACCACUCGCGCUGUUCCUACUACACAUGAAGUACAACAUAACCUCCCUCGAUGUACUACAAUACCGGCUACAACUACUCAAAGCACAUCAGAGCACAUCAUAUCAACUACGUCACUCAGUCCCCAACAGACGACUACUACGCCACAGUGGGCAUCAACAAACCUGCAUCAUAUUACACAAACCCCCUCUCAGACGGAUGAACCUGAUACAACUACUAGCAUCCCAAACCCCUCACUAGAUCAUUCAACUACAGCCCACCCACACUCUACAACUGACUACUUUGACUCUACUUUGACCUCCAUCCCAAUCAAUGAAGCUCAAAGUUCCUCAACUACCCAACAGCCUUUGGGAUUACAGACUCUACAGACUACAAAAUCUUUGGCAACGGCUUCUCAAAACACUACGCAAUCCUUUACCAAGAUCUUGACAAGUACCCAACAACCCCUAACCCUAACCACAGCGCAACCUACCUCGCUUUCAAAGUCCACGUCUGCCAAGUCGGAAGAGUAUCCAGAAACUACAACUGUUUUCAAGACAGUUUCCACCCAGACAAAGCUUUUGACUUCUGCAAACUUGCCCUCACAAACCUCAACCCACAUUACCCCUGCAUACGAGACCGUACAAGCUACAACUGCUCAACAUGUUAUAUCAACUACGUCACAGCCAAAAAUGGACUCUACCCUCAAUCCUCAACAGACGACUACUACGCCACAGUGGAAGCCCUUAACUUCUGCAAACGUGCCCUUACAAACCUCAACCCAAAUUACCCCUGCAUAUGAGACUUCUACCCCAACCCAAACUACUGUUCUAUCCCAACCAGAACAGAUGAUUAGCAGUGACACAACAACCACCAGUCCUGCUACAAUCAGCACUGAUGACUCUACAACCCCUAGACACCUGACCCUUACUUUCACUCACACCCGUAUGGGCAACUCGCCAACCACCGGUAGUUUGAGUUCCUCUCUAACUGCCCCGACUAGCAGCAUGGUGGACAGUCAACCGUACCCCAAUGACACUAAGGGUUACAUCAGCCGGAACAUCACUACUGGUGACGCACCUCGACCCGGUGGGGAUGGAAGCUUGACAUCGGUGUGGCAUUUGGCGGCCAACACCGUUCUGGUGGCAUUAGCGGCCUGCGCUACCAUCACAUUCUGCUGCUGUUGUUCGGUGUUCGCGGCUCUGAGCUGGAGAGGCCGGAGGCGACGGAAGGGCAGGUACAGGACAAAUCUGAGGGGCAAGAGAGGAUCAAUGAGACUCAUCAAAUACGUCAUUGUAAGAGAAAGCUCGUAAAGCAGGGCCCUGGAAGACCACUGUCCUGCAGAGUUGAGCCCGAACCUUAAUCAAAGGCCUUGAUUACACCUGGAUUUAAGAUGCGUUUUGGUCGAUUGGAUCACAAGUAGACGAGGGAGACAUGUACCCGUUUAUACCUGGUGUC